CUCCGCCCCGCCGCCUCUAUCCCCGGAAGUCGUAGCUGAGCACUCGCCAGCGAGCACCUCACCUCAGAGAUCUGGAGCGCCGGUGCUGGCCGAGCCGUCACCAUGCCUCUGGCUAGAGACCUUUUACACCCUUCCUUGGAAGACGAAAAGAAAAAACAUAAGAAGAAACGGCUGGUUCAGAGCCCAAAUUCUUACUUCAUGGAUGUGAAAUGUCCAGGCUGCUACAAGAUUACUACAGUUUUCAGCCAUGCUCAGACAGUGGUUCUUUGUGUAGGUUGUUCAACAGUGUUGUGCCAGCCCACAGGAGGAAAAGCCAGGCUCACAGAAGGUAUAGCCUUUGGCAUUUUCUAACCUAGUAAUGAGAUUUAGAAUG